AUUGUUAAUUUUGAAGCCUUGUGGUGUGUUUCACAUUCUGGAUUGGUCUUCUUGCUUGCUCAUGAUUAGAUUCAAGUUCAACAUUUUUGGGCAAGAAUAUCCCAUAGAUGAUGUCCUGUCCUUCUCCGUGCAUGAUAUUGGGACGGGAGGCACCUGUUACUUGCUUGUUCUAUAGUAGGCGGCACUAAGUUAGGUCACUUGGCUCAGGGGUCCCUGUAUUUCAAUUCUGUUCCCCCCCCUUCUCUACCUCCAAAAGCUUAAUCUGUGCACCAGGUCAGCAAAUCUGACUGAACCCCUAUAUCAGACCAGAUGUUGGAGAAUGAAGAAGCAGACAGAGACCUUCAGGGAGCUUGCAACCUCAGGGUUGGGGGUGGAGGAGCUGCUGCUCAGACCUGUGCUGUUGGUAGGGGAGAGGGGAGGCCCAGAGAAAGUAAUAAGAGGCACAGCAAGGGGAGAGGGCACGGGGGGCCAGACAGGAAGGCAGGCUCAGGCCACAGCUAGCCUGGAAUGUGGGCUAACCAGGCUGGCCUUUUCCCCAAGGGCAUUUAAAAACCACUGAAGGGCUUUGAAGAGGGGAUGUUGGGGCAGUUUUGAGUGCUGGAAAGGCACUCUGAGGAGUAAAAACUGGGGCUGGCUGGGCCAGUACAUGGGAAAGAGAUCAACCAGGAGGCUGUGGAAGCACCCAGCACAAGACACAGGGGACUGGAUUGGGGCUGCUGUGUGUGGCGCACGGAGGGAGUGGAGUUACGUGGUUUGGUGACUCUGCUGGGUGGCUGUUGCCGGUGGGAGAAGGGAGAAGGGGAUGGAGCUGGGAGAGAUUUAGGAAGCAGAAUGGGCAGGCCCUUGUGUCUGAUUAGAGGUGGGGAGAGUGGGAAGGAUGAGCUCAUGCAGUGGCUUGGGAAGGGAGAUGGAGGCUGUGGUUUUGAGUGUGUGAGGUCUGAGGUGCUUUCCAGGCCAGAGUAAUGGUAUUUGGGAAGUUCAUUUGGUGGUGACCACCUGUGGCCCCCUCGCAGAAGCUCAUUUUGAGAUGGGGGCAGAAAGAAGAGCCACACCUAACCCACAGCAGGGAAUGGACAGUGGGCUUCAGGCACCAGCAUAGAGGGGACUGAGCAGGGCUAGGCUGGCUCAGACGGCAGCUGCCCCUGUGGAAGUUGGGAUAAUCCUGCCACUAACUUGCAGACCCCAAUUCCCUUACCUCGUUUUGCUUCUUCAUACUUGCUUGGCAAAACCCCAACGCUGGUUAAAUCCAAUGCCUGACCUAUCCAAUGCCUGCAUGUGCCGCUGACUGGGGCUGAGCAAAACCACUGCCCUGACUAUUCUCACUUUCAGUCCAGGCCCAUGAACACUGAACUUCAAGUCUAGAGGAGUCCCAGGAGCAGCCAGGACGGGCAGAGGCAGUGGCUGCCAUGGAGGAGGACAAGCUUUUAUCUGCAGUGCCUGAGGAAGGCGAUGCUGCCUGUGACCCCAGCCUGGAGCCUGAGGAGGAGCCAGGGGUCCAGAAUGGAAUAGCCAGUGAGGGCCUGAACAGCAGCCUUUGCAGCCCAGGGGAUGAGCGAAGGGGCACCCCAGCGGACACUGAGGAUCCCACGAAGGACCCAGAUGUGGCCUUCCAUGGCCUCAGCCUUAGCCUCUCCCUCACCAAUGGCCUAGCCCUGGAGCCAGACUUGAACAUUCUGGAAGAUUCAACAGAGUCCAGGCCCUGGAGGGCUGGCAGGCUCACAGAGGGGGAUGAUGCUUCCAGGAGCCUCUGUCCAGAUGCUGAGGACCCUCAGCUGGGGUUGGAUGGUUCCGGGGAGCCAGAUGUGCGGGAUGGCUUCAGUGCCACGUUUGAGAAGAUUCUGGAGUCAGAGCUGCUGCGGGGCACCCAGUACAGCAGCCUUGACUCCCUAGACGGGCUGAGCCUCACGGAUGAAAGUGACAGCUGCGUCAGCUUCGAGGCCCCCCUCACGCCCCUCAUCCAGCAGCGGGCCCGUGACAGCCCCGAGCCAGGGGCUGGGCUGGGCAUUGGGGACAUGGGGUUUGAGGGGGACAUGGGGGCAGCUGGUGGUGAUGGGGAGCUGGGCAGCCCUCUGAGGCGCUCCAUCUCCAGCAGCCGCUCAGAGAAUGUCCUGAGCCGCCUGUCUCUCAUGACCAUGCCCAAUGGAUUCCAUGAAGAUGGCCCCCAGGGCCCAGUGGGGGACGAGGAUGAUGAUGAGGAGGACACAGACAAGUUGCUGAACUCAGCCAGUGACCCCAGCCUGAAGGACGGCCUGUCAGACUCAGACUCUGAGCUCAGCAGCUCAGAGGGGUUGGAGCCUGGUAGCGCAGACCCGCUGGCCAACGGGUGCCAGGGGGUUAGUGAAGCUGCUCGCCGGCUGGCACGCCGCCUCUACCACCUCGAGGGCUUUCAGCGCUGCGAUGUGGCCCGACAGCUGGGCAAGAACAACGAGUUUAGCAGGCUGGUGGCCGGGGAGUACCUCAGUUUCUUCGACUUCUCGGGCUUGACUCUGGACCGAGCACUCAGAACAUUCUUGAAGGCCUUCCCGCUGAUGGGGGAGACACAAGAGCGUGAGCGGGUCCUCACACACUUCUCCCGCCGGUACUGCCAGUGCAACCCUGAUGACAGCACCUCGGAAGAUGGGAUCCACACGCUCACCUGUGCCCUGAUGCUGCUCAACACGGACCUGCACGGCCACGUGAACAUUGGUAAGAAGAUGUCUUGUCAGCAAUUCAUUGCCAACUUGGACCAGCUGAAUGAUGGCCAAGACUUUGCCAAAGACCUGCUGAAGACCCUUUACAACUCCAUCAAAAAUGAAAAGCUGGAAUGGGCCAUUGAUGAGGAUGAGCUGAGGAAAUCCCUGUCUGAGCUGGUGGAUGACAAGUUCGGGACAGGCACGAAGAAGGUGACGCGAAUCCUGGACGGUGGCAACCCCUUCCUGGAUGUCCCACAGGCUCUCAGUGCCACCACCUACAAGCACGGUGUGCUGACCCGGAAGACUCAUGCUGACAUGGAUGGCAAGAGGACGCCCCGUGGGAGGCGUGGCUGGAAGAAAUUUUACGCAGUGCUCAAAGGGACCAUACUGUACCUGCAGAAGGAUGAGUACAGGCCUGACAAAGCUCUAUCAGAGGGUGACCUGAAGAACGCCAUUCGUGUGCAUCAUGCUCUGGCCACCAGGGCCUCUGACUACAGCAAGAAGUCCAACGUGCUCAAGCUUAAGACAGCCGACUGGAGGGUAUUCCUCUUCCAGGCACCGAGCAAGGAGGAAAUGCAGUCCUGGAUCCUCAGGAUCAACUUGGUGGCAGCCAUCUUCUCUGCCCCGGCUUUUCCAGCCGCUGUCAACUCCAUGAAGAAGUUCUGUCGGCCCCUGCUGCCCUCCUGCACUACCCGCCUCUGCCAGGAGGAGCAACUGCGAUCUCAUGAGAAUAAACUGAGGCAGCUAACUGUGGAGCUGGCCGAACACAGGUGUCACCCAGUUGAGAGGGGCAUCAAGUCCAAGGAGGCCGAGGAGUACCGGUUGAAGGAGCACUAUCUCACCUUUGAGAAAAGCCGUUAUGAGACCUAUAUCCACCUCCUGUCUGUGAAGAUCAAAGUGGGCUCAGAUGAUCUGGAGCGGAUUGAGGCCCGGCUGGCCACUCUGGAAGGGGAUGACCCUUCUCUCCGGAAGACACACUCAAGCCCUGCCCUCAGCCAGGGCCACGUGACUGGCAGCAAAACCACAAAGGAUGCCACUGGGCCUGAUACUUAGCUGACGUGGAUGUGCAGGCCCCAGAGGUGGGCAGAGUCUCCAUUGGGGCCGGUGAGCACAAUUCCAGCCAGGAGCCACACGGACCAAGCUCCAGGCAGUUGAUGGGCAGCCAGAGGGUGAAGAGAGCCUGUAGGCCCAGGAGAUGGAGAUGCCAUUUGUGGCAUUGACCUCCUUGCAUCUGGGGGCAUCUCUGGGCAUCAGACCCUCUCCCCAGCCCUUGUUUCCCUCUCCACCAUGGAGCCUCAUUUUGUAGGCCAAUUGUGUGCAUGCUCUAGACAUCACCUUGCUGGAGAAGCUGGAAGGGCUGUUGUCUUCCCAAGUCUUCCUCUUCUCAUCAAGCUCCUCUCCUCAUCUUUCUUGUCUGUGAGGGCAGGUCUUAACUCCAGGUCUCAGCUGGAACCCCACCUUUUCUCCUCCUCCUUCCUCUGAGUUGACCAGCAGCAGGUCUGCAGACCACCAGCACCAUCCCCUCCUUCCUCCCAGCAGCCUCCAGAACCACACCCAGGUCUCCUGCCUCACAUCACAAUAAUCUGGGACCCAGGCUUGUGCCCCUUCAGUGUCAAGCUGACUCUACUCACAUGUGCGUCCACCUCUUUUCAUCCAUUGAGAUCACUACUGCCUCCUUUUUAUACAGACACAAAUGUAUAUCUAUAAGAAUAAUACAUGCAUAAGGAACCCCGAAAGGUGGUUUUGGAACAGAAAUCAGUUAGAGGAUGCAAUCAGAUGAAGGAAAAGCCUAUUUUGGAGCUUCCCCUGUUAGGAAGGAUGGCUGCACUUGGCCCCCUCGCAUUUAUGACGCUCUGGGAGGGAAGGGGUGGCAGUGCUGGAGUGCUGGCCUCCCUCUCCCUGUUUUCCCUCUUCCAGCUGACCUGUGACUUACACUGCCAUUACAGUUGAUGCUUUUGGAAAAAAUAGAGCCUGUAUGCACUGCCCCAUUUGUCCCAUGGAUAUCCUGGGGUGUGAGUGGGAUGGGACCACGGCCCUGUUUAUAUUUGGGUCUUUAUGUUGGUGUUGCCAGGUCUCUGAGCUGCAAAGGUGGCCUCUUGGACAGAUCUACAGCUAUAGGAAUAAAAGACACUCUGCCUCGAAAAUGGCCACUUGUCAACAAGCCCAAAGAUGCUUGUCAGAGGAAGGUUAUGGAAGCCAUUAAUUCUUGGUAUUGGGAAAAGGUGGAAUGACAAGUUACUGAUUGUUUUUCUGUUGUUAUUUCUUUCAUUUUUCUAGUGAAUCAGAAAGGCUUAGCUAAGGAUGUAUCUGGGAAGAGUGGAGAAAUUUGCCACUUGAUGAUCACGGAUUAGCUAGCACCUUUAAGCCCUGCAUUCCUCCAACUGACAAGUUGGUGGGGGUGAUGGCACGUGCAGUACGGCCAUGAAGAGCUAAUCCUCUCUAUUUAAAUAGAUGACUGUAGUUUGGCUAGCAAUUUGACAUCAGUGGUAACGUACCUAGUUAAUAAAAUAAGCCAGGCUUGCAACUAAGUAUCUAACUUUACAGGCCCACUCACAUUUGAGGCAAGGGGCUGUUGAGUAUGUGGAGAGAUGUAGUGAUUUAAAUUCAGAUUGUUUAAGUUGGAUCAGCUGAAGUGUGUUUUAGAACCAAACCAUCUGGCCCCUUCGUUUCGCUCAGAGGAAGUAAAUGUUCACUUAAAUGAAAUUGAAAACGCAAUGUGGCACCACAAAAGCUCUAGGUACUUUCUCCAUGCUGCCUCAAAAGUCCUUUGAUUUUUGGGGUCAGUCUCACCCUUCACUUCCUGAGGGUGGGUGAGUGGAGAGCAGAACAGGGAGCUCCGGCAGCUGUGGACAGAUGUGCUUCCUGAGCACGGGUUGUGCCUCCCAUCGUAAAAAAAAUGUUUAGUUCACUUCCUUAAUUGUAUAAUUAUUUAUUUGUAAAUUAUAUACAUGUACUACUGUACUAAAAUAUUAUGUACAUUAUAAAACAUACACAAAAAUAGAAAUUUAAAAAAGACAAGAUGAAAAUAAAUCUAAAUCAAAGUUCUAA